AUGUCAAUCUACGAAGAAAUCGAGAUUGAGGACAUGACGUUCGACCCAGAUGAGCUCAUUUAUACCUAUCCGUGUCCCUGUGGCGACAAGUUCCGGAUUACUCUGGAAGAGCUGUGGGAUGGAGAAGAUAUUGCCAAGUGUCCCUCUUGUACACUCCGGAUAGCGGUCAUUUUUGACGAAGAAGAUUUGCCAGAAUUACCACCGGAUGAAGAUGAAGAGGAGGAAGAAGAACCAGCUGAAGAGCUACAAACGAAAAUGCAGACCCUCAAGGAAUCGAAUCGAAUCAAACAAGCAACAAUCCAAGUGGCUGCUCUGUUUGUCCAGUUGGAGCUUUUGCAAACGAUGCUUUUCCAGCAUCUUGUUGAGAGAUGGACAACCAACUGCAGAGGUACACGACAAUAA